CUAAGUUAUAUGAUAAGGCCAAUUGAGAUGCGAGGCUAUGUAAGCCGAUAUUGGCAGCUAAUGUAGUGUCUAUUCUAGUAAUGGUGCCACUGCAGUAGCCCACCUAUCCUGCUAUUCGAUAUCUUUUACAUUGAUCUUCUUCGAGUGAUUUUGUUUUUGCAGCGGACGGACGACGAACAACGCGACGCCACACUUAAAUACACAGCGCUGUUGGUAGGGCUAUUACUGCUAAAUCUACAGCAAUGUCCCCUAUAAGCAGCGUCUUAUGGGGGAGAAGGUACAAACAAGUGUAAAAAAGCGUACAAAAAUGUCCAUCAAACCAACGCUAACCCAAUUAACACUUGCCAUUCACAAUGCAUAGUUUCCUGCCCCCCUUACCAUAUUAUUAUUUCCUCAGUAUCCCCCUGGCACCUAUUUUUUUGAGCCUCAAUGCCACGCUCCAAAACCCCACGAGGUGUCGCUGUCCAAUACGCUUGGCCCACGCGGAGCCCCCUUUCGGCGCCAUCGUUUUUCCGCCUCCACCAACCGGCGAAACUCGGGACAAAGUUUCCUUUUUGCUGGCAGUACAGCUUACCUGGUCGCAAAGCUUCCUUUUCCCCUACGACCACUCUCCUCUCUUCCCUAUCGUCGCCCAUCGCGUAGCCUCGCGAUCUUGCUCUUUUCCUUCUCCUCUAUUUCGUUUUAUCAAUUGGCUACCCUGCCAAUCCUUCUAUAAUAAUGUUCAAGUUCGGUCGCAGCCGCGCUAUUGCGUCGGCCUUCCAAGCCUCCAAGCUCCAGGUUACCCCCUCCGUCAGACUUCCCGGCAUUGCCCAGCAGAAGCGAGCUCUCAGCAUCCACGAGUAUCUCUCCGCCGACCUCCUGAGACAGUACGGUGUUGGUGUUCCCAAUGGCGCCAAUGCCAAGACCGCUGAGGAGGCCAAGGCCAUCGCUAAGAAGAUUGGUACCGACGACAUGGUUAUCAAGGCCCAGGUUCUUGCUGGUGGCCGUGGUAAGGGUACCUUCGACAACGGCCUGAAGGGCGGUGUCCGCGUCAUCUACUCUCCCCACGAGGCUGAGAUGUUUGCUGAGCAGAUGAUUGGCCACAAGCUCAUCACCAAGCAGACUGGCGCUGCUGGCCGUCUCUGCAGCUCCGUCUACAUCUGCGAGCGCAAGUUUGCUCGCCGUGAGUUCUACCUCGCCAUCCUUAUGGACCGUGCUACUCAGACCCCCGUCAUUGUCUCCUCUUCUCAGGGUGGUAUGGACAUUGAGACCGUCGCCAAGGAGAACCCCGAUGCCAUUGUCACCACCUACAUCGACAUCAAUAAGGGCGUCACCGACGAGAUUGCCCGUGACAUCUCCACCAAGCUUGGCUUCAGCGAGCAGUGCAUUGAGGAUGCCAAGGACACCAUCCAGAAGCUCUACAAGAUCUUCCGCGAGAAGGAUGCUACUCAGAUCGAGAUCAACCCCCUUUCCGAGACCAACGACCACCAGGUUCUCUGCAUGGAUGCCAAGUUCGGUUUCGACGACAACGCCGACUUCCGCCAGAAGGAGGUCUUUGAGUGGCGCGAUACCACCCAGGAGGACCCUGAUGAGGUCCGCGCUGCCCUGUCCAACCUCAACUUCAUCAAGCUUGAUGGUGACAUUGGCUGCCUCGUCAACGGUGCCGGUCUUGCCAUGGCUACCAUGGAUAUCAUCAAGCUCAACGGUGGCCAGCCCGCCAACUUCCUUGACGUCGGUGGUGGUGCCACUCCCGCCGCCAUCCAGGAGGCCUUUGAGCUCAUCACCAGCGACCCCAAGGUCACUGCCAUCUUCGUCAACAUUUUCGGUGGUAUCGUCCGUUGCGACCACAUUGCUACCGGCUUGAUCAAGACCGUCGAGAACCUCAACCUCAAGAUCCCCAUCAUUGCUCGUCUCCAGGGUACCAACAACGAGCAGGCUCACAAGAUCAUCAACGAGUCCGGCCUCAAGAUCUUCUCCAUUGAUGAUCUCCAGGACGCCGCUGAGAAGUCUGUCCAGCUGUCCAAGGUUGUCAAGCUCGCUCGCGACAUUGACGUUGGCGUCGAGUUCACCCUUGGCAUCUAAAGUGCUUGCUCCCUGCUAGCAGCACGCUGUUGAAAAUGGAGGCGGAUUGGAACGGGAUUCCGUGUAAUAUUUAAACUUUUCGGCCGGGGAGACACUGGGAAUAUUGUGGAAAAUUGUGUAGCAUAGGUGACUCGACGCAGAGGGAGAGAUGACUUUUCAUUACAUGCUUUUUCAUUAGACUUGACCCUAAAACAAUUGUACGACAAUUUUUCUUGAGUAACAGAGCCGCCUUUUUUUUCUUUGUAGCUUUAAUAAAUGAGUCUCUAAAUUGUAGCAGCAUCGUUUCUAUUGCCGUAGCGCCGUUCGACCGAUCGACUUCCGUUAGAGCCGCAUAAUGAGGCUCAUGCGGGCCGCUGAAAGAAACACAACCCUGUCUUGUAGAAUUAGUCAUGCAGUACGUACUUAUCAACCUAGAAUCAGAUAUUGCGCAACAAAGUAAUUUUCUUCUUUCCCUUGUUCCGGCCGUCUCCGGAGUAGUGGAUGCCGAACAUUGGCCGACCUAUCGGCGGCUUACACCAGCAUUCACACUUAACGGUACUAAUAAGUCUAUAUGUCUGUGUGUAAUGGUAGACAUCUCGUUAGAAGUUGCCUAAAUACUAUAAAUAAUUUGAAUUGCAGCUUAUAUAGCAUUAGAACCGAUUAAUAUAUGUGGUACUUCAAUGGCGUCCUUGGCUGGGCGUAUGUAGGAUGAGCUACUAUAACAAUGGUAGCCCUAGGAGGAGAAUUGGUAUAUUUGAAAACGCCACAGCUAACGGCCUCUAAAAGUAGAAUUCCCGUUAUA